UCUUUGCGACAUACAGCCUGAUGGCGGCAAUAGCAGUAAUCCUUUCGUCAUUUCUGAAAAGUAGUACUAAGUCACGGAAGCAAGUGAAAAGUUCAGUCUUACACGAUUGGCGUCUUGUGACCGGACUUUUUCUUAGAAGGGUGGGGUGGCCCAAAAUAUUUUAAAGGUGGCAACGGUGACAUUUCUUUGCGAUGGUGGUAAAUUGAGAGCCAUUCAAGUGAAGAUUAAGAUUUUACCGAAUCCUGCGGAUCCGGAUCCUCUCCAAUCCUCUCCCUCUCAUCUCCCCAGUGGUUACAUUCUUUGGCCAACUGUAAGGCACUUAAUGUUGCUGUUGCGGUUGUAACUGGUACAUGGCGAUGAGUGUCUACAUCAGUCUCGUGUGAGUUACUUGCUUGUGAGUCGGUUCUGGACCAAUCAGCCUAUUCUUGGUGCCCCGCUAAGAUUAAUUCCGGACGUGCAAAGCUGAGGACUAGUUGCUGAGGCUUUCUAAGAGGAACCUUUUUUAUUCUCAGGAGAAGACGGCAUGGGAGGAGGUCAUUCCAAACCUGAAUGCAACAACAACGAACAAAGCACCAACACAGUAGCCCCAACACCUCCGUUCUCCUUCUGGGAGCGCACCAACAUACAGUAUUUGCUCUUGGCCUUUUUUGCCGGGGUCCUGCUCACGCUGCUGCUGUUGGCCCUUAUCUUCUUCGUCAUAAAGAACUACAGGAAACGUCACUCUAGUCCCUGCGCCCUGGAUCCUCCCUUCGAUCCUCACUCUGGCCAAGAUCCUCCGGCCAAGCUUUCAUCCCCAGAGGAAGCACUCACCUAUGCUAGCAUGACUUUCCAAAUCGCAGAAAAGAAUCAUCACCUGACUGAGAAACAUUCUGCAGGCUUGGAUCCGGUUGUCUACUCUCAGAUCAAAGUGACAAACUCACCCGACCUUUCCAGGGAGGCUUGACGCCAGUCCCUCUUAUCUCAGCUCCGUCUUUAUAUAUCACUUUCCCUUUGGACAAAUUUGGGACCACAGCCUGACCAGACUACAGUUGGAGUUGUUGGGGUGUGAUCUGGCCAUGUUAGCCAGCAUGUUUGAAGACCAAGGGCCCAUCUUUCCCUUGGCCUGAGAAAAGAUUGCUGACCCGGCCGCUUGAACAGACAGUCUGAUAGCCCUUCAAGGGCUGAGACUGCCUCGCUCGUCCCCUUUCAACGAGUGUGGUAGUACAGAGCUCAGGGCACAAAGAGUGUUCACUCAGGGCCGCUGAUCAGUUUGGGAGAAGUCAACCAACUGGGCAAGUUAGCAAGAAUUACGAAUAAAAGCAAACCCCCAGCAAA